AUGAUAGUCUCGAAAUACUUCGAGAUUAUCAAAGACUUUAUUAACUUGGAGUUAGUAUGCAAGAAGUUUGGUGGUAAUAUGGAAAAGUUCCACUUCAACCCGAUUUCGCUGAAUUCCAAAACACUUGAAUACUUUCCAAACAUCGAGACACUUCACUUGUGGGAUAAAAAGGAUGAGAACUUUGGCAAUGGAUUUAUGAUCAACAAAAGAGAAAAUGGAGAAAAUAAAAAUAAAACUGUUUUGAAGAAAACGUUUUAUAAAAUCAUUGUGUGGUAUUGUGUUGACUUUAAAACUGUUUGUAGAAACAAAAGUCGAAACAUCGAGUUUAAAAUUAUUACUUACACUGAAAAUGAUGGAAAUAUAUUUGGUAAUAACAUACCAUUAGGUGUUAAAUCGAUUGGUGAUAAUUGUUUUGAUAGAUGUUGUAAUUUAAGAAGUGUUACAAUACCAUCUAGCGUGACAUUAAUUGGUAAUUAUUGUUUCUAUGAAUGCAUUAGUUUGAAGAGUGUUAACAUACCAUCGAGUGUAAUAAUAUAUGGUGAUGGUUGUUUCAGAGGAUGCAGUAGUUUAAGCGAUAUUACAAUACCAUCGAGUGUUACAAUACUUGGUGAUUAUUGUUUCUUUGGAUGUAUAAGUCUAAGCAGUGUGACAAUACCAUCUAGUGUUAUAUCAAUUGGUGAUUAUUGCUUUAGAGGAUGCAGUAGUUUGAAGAGUGUUACAAUACCAUCUAGUGUUAAAACACUUAAUGAUGGUUGUUUCUAUGAAUGUAGUAGUUUAAGUAAUGUUACAAUACCAUUCAGUGUGACAUCAUUUGGUAAUGGUUGUUUCUAUGGAUGCAAUAAUUUGAGCAGUGUUACAAUACCAUUUGUUGUGACAUCAAUUGGUAAUUAUUGUUUCAGUAAAUGCAUAAGUUUAAACAGUGUUACGAUACCAUCUAUUGUGACAACAAUUGGCAAUGGUUGUUUUAGAGGAUGCAGUAGUUUGAAGAGUGUAACAAUACCAUCAAGUGUCAUAAUAAUUGGUGAUGGUUGUUUCUAUGAAUGCAGUAGUUUAAGCAGUCUUACGUUACCAUCAAGUGUGAAAUAUAUUGGUAAUGAAUGUUUUGAUAAAUGCAGUAGUUUGAGAAGUGUAACUAUACCACCAAUUGUGGAAUCAAUUGGUUAUAAAU